AUGCAAGCAAACCCCUGCCAUCAAAACAGCACCUGUCACGAAAACACCCCAGAAGCUGCGUUUCAGCCUGCCAGAGAACCGUACAAAGCUUCGGUUAUCUCCGAGGGCUUCUUGCCCACAGAAGAGAUGUUACGGUCUGCUCUCGCCGAUGCUCAGUCACAGCAAGGAGUUCUGCAGACCGAGACAAGCUUGGCUAGGAUUUUAGGAGAACAGCUUUUGAGUGAUGCACUGGCUACCAAGGUUGCAGAUUUGCUGAGCAAGCCUAAGCCUCAAGUCCUGGAAGCCGACGAACAACUUGGUGAAGUUGACGAAGAAGAGGAUAUUCAUUGGCUUGAUCUCAUUCAGGAGCCGCAAUUCGAGCCUCAGUGUCAAGAUAACGGAAACUAUCAAUGUCAUAUCCUGAAGCGCAAUGCACUAGUUCAGAUAUCUGCCUGGGAUCACGACCUGGUUUUCACGUGUCGACAACUUUUUUACACCCAAACCUACUUAUGUGACAUGUUGGCUGAACGAGACACUCUGGAAUCCAUGGCCAAGAGCUUGUCGACUUGCAAUCAAAUUGCUUCCGACUUUAUCAAGACGAACCAGACUACGCUCGUACAAAUUACUAGCAGAUUGCAGCCCCUUGAGGAAAGAUUGAGCCAAUUGGCUUGGACACACCAGGCACCUCUUUCCAGGCUCCAGUGCGAUAGCACGAGUGAAGAGGAUCCAGCACCCAAGCAAGACGAGACAGCCAGUGAUCCUAUUGCAGAAAAAGAGAACACAGCGAAACAAGAAGGUUAG